UGCAUGCAGAGAUAGAUGUGCAGGUCGUAAAGAAAGCGGAGACGACGGGAGGAGAUGGCGGGAGGAGACAGAGGCGGAGGUGAGUGGAGGCGAGUGGAGGUGCGCGGAGGUGUGAGCGGAGAGGACGUCGGUGGGGGUGGCGGUGAUGAUGGUGGUGGUGGUGUUGAUAAUGAUGGCAGUGAUGGCGGUGGUGAUGGUGGUGGUGGUGGUGGSGGGGGUGGUGGUGGCGGCAGUGGCAGAGGAGGUGGUGUACCAUCAGCAGCAGCAACAACAACAACAGUUGUUGUAUUGGUAGGAUGCUUGCCUUCAUCCAUUGCUGCCAUCUCUAUAACGUUCACAUUGUUUACUGCGGCUGGCAUGAUCUCUGGCCGGGCCACGUCAGCAGACCACGUCAGCAGGCCACCUCAGAAGACUACAUCAGUACGUCAGCAGGCCACGUCAGCAGGCUACGUCAGCAGGCCACGUCAGCAGGACACGUCAGCAGCGCCACGUCAGCAGCAAGGGAUACCACAGCAGCAGGCCCCGGCCUGGUCUAUGCUGUUGCGUUCACAUACAGCAGUCAUGGACCAGAGGCCCAGAGAAACAGACGAGGCCUAUCAGGCCCGCAUGUUGGCUUUGAGUACUGAAACAAAGAAACGGGCAGAUGACACUGCCGCAGCAGCGAAGAAGAGGGCAGAGGAUGCCGAGCAGGCACGUCUGCUGGCGGUUGAACAACAGCGCCAGCAUGACGAGGCAGCAGCAAGGACUGCCGAUGAAGAAAGAGCACAGCGUCGUGAGAAGAUAUUCCCCGGAGAGCGGGCGUUACUUACCAUGGCAGCAGAAUGGCGCGCCGAGCCCGAGAAUAGCCAGUUGGAGGAUAGCGCAAACAAGAUAGCGCUCCUCCUCUCGCAUCUCACGGAUCUCCUCGCAACCUGCAUUACACAGCAGGCAGAGAUCCUUGGUCUCGACAGAUCGCUAGCUCACCUCCAAGACCGCUUUCAGCGGUUGGAGCAGCGACCAGUCGCCGCCGCCGACGCAGGCUCUUCCAAUACUGCCGACCGCCUCAAUGCAUUGGAGAUGCAUGUCGGCUCACUCAAGGAUGGCGCACAGUUACAGCUCACCGCGACGCAACAGUUGCAACAGCGGGUCUGUACCACCGCCACAACCCCGAGUACGGAGCCGCGUGAGACAACUCCAAAGUUUGACGAGCAGGAGAUCUUCUGCGAUUCCAUGAAGACAGAUCCGAUUCCAUGGUUUCGCAAGUUCGAGCUCACGCUGCAGCUGUCCAACGUGGAGCCGCCAGAGAUCAAAGCCAUGGACAAGCUCAUGGUCUUCGAGCAAGGCACGCUGCCGAGUACGGACUGGAUCGCCGAGUACCAACGCUUGACGUCAGUCCCAGACAUCCAGAUGGGCUUCAAGGCCAUCCGCCAUUACUUCAUCUCAAGGUCAUGUCCGACAUUAAGCAAUGCCCUGACUCAUCUCGAGGACACCUUGACAACGACGGCGGAAUUGUUCGACAAGGCUGCGCAGAUCAUUAUCACGAACAAGGAGGCCAAGAACCUCCGUUCAUCUGCGUCAGGCCCGAGCAGGGACCAGCAUCGGCCAAGAGUGGCCGUGGUCGCAGCGGCAGCGCCGUUAGACAAAACCAGCGAGGCUAUGUCUACCAACGAUAUUCUCGUCUAUAGUCGGUCAUUGGAGGAUCAUCUGGGGCAUCUUCGACAAGUGUUGGAGACGCUCCGCCACGCCAAGUACAAGGCCAACCGUGACAAGUGUGAAUUUGUUCGGCAAGAGCUGGAAUACUUGGGCCAUUUUGUCACACCGGAGGGCAUCAGUCCGCUAUCGGACAAGAUUCAGGCCGUCCAAGAGUGGCCGGAGCCUKGGAACGUCACGGAUGUCCGCUCGUUCCUCGGUCUUACCGGCUACUAUCAACACUUCAUCAAAGGCUACUCCAAGAUCGCGGCCCACUUCAACAAGCUUCAGUGCGAGGAUCGGUCGUUUGACUUCGGAGAGGAGGCGCGAGGAUCAUUCUUCGCUCUCAAAGCCGCGCUAUUGUUUGCAGAGGUCUUGCGGAUAUACGACCCGCUUGCGCCUACGCGCGUCACUACGGAUGCGUCAGGCUAUGGCAUUGGUGCAGUCCUCAAGCAACAUGAUGGUGUGGAUUGGCACCCGGUCGAGUACUUCAGCAAGAAAGUGCCCCUCGUGCAUUCCAUUGACGAUGCACGCAAGAAGGAGCUCCUCGCCUUCGUCCACGCGCUCAAGMGGUGGCGGCACUUCCUCCUUGGUCGAAGCCAAUUUCGAUGGGUAACAGACAACAAUCCGUUGGUCUUCUACAAGACCCAAGACACCGUCAACAGCACCAUCGCUCGAUGGAUGGCUUUCAUCGACCACUUCGACUUCUUUCCCGAUCACAUUCCCGGGAAGUCRAACCGUUUUGCGGAUGCUCUCUCACGGCGUCCGGUCAUUGUGCCGCAGUCUACUCGACCUUCGAGAUUGACGACGACUUGCGGAACAGCUUCAUCCGCGGCUACCAAGUCGACCUCGAGUUUCGCGACAAGUACGCGAAUUGCUCCUCUCCUAAUCCGGCUCCUUCUCACUACCGGAUCCAAGAGGGGUACUUGCUUGUCCACACGCGGGGGAAGGACCUUCUUUGCGUACCGAGUGAUCCUCACUUGCAUACACGGCUUCUUGGCGAGUUCCACGACGCUCCCGCCACUGGAUAUUUUGGAGUCAAUCGCACGAUUGGCCGACUYCGCCAGCGAUUUUGGUGGCCCGGCCUUCUCGGCGACGUCACGCGCUAUUGCGAGUCAUGCGAGGGAAGCGAUUGCCAUGGACAUUACCGGCCCGUUCCCCAAGCACAAGACCGGAGUGGAUGGGAUUCUCACRGUGGUUGACCGACUCACCAAGUUCGCCAUGUUUUUGCCUUGUCSCUAUCAUGCCAAGGCACCGGAGUUGGCCGAGGUUCUUUACGCCGGUUGGAUUCGCACCAAGGGUUACCCCAAGGCGAUCGUCUGCGACCGCGACACUCGGUUCAUGUCCGAUUUUUGGUUGGCGCUCAUCAAGCGAUGUGGCUCAUCUCUCAAGCCCAGUUCAACUCGCCACCCUCAGACCGAUGGCCAGACGGAGAGGGCGCAUCAGACCGCACAGGUUCUCCUUCGCACUCUCAUCCGCCCCGACCAGAAAGACUGGGUUGAGCGACUGUCGAACGUCAAGUUAGCCUACAACUCUUUCAUCCACCCGGCUAUUGGGAUAUCGCCCUUCGAGUUSGAGCACGGCUCGCCGGUCACGUCACCGUUGGACACGAUUACUCCACGCACGGCCGAGAGCGACGACCAUCUUCUUUUCUUGCGUCGAAUGCAAGAGCUUCUUGUCACGGCACGCGACCAGAUGGCUAAGACGCAGCAGCGCAUGAGCCAACAGGCAAAUCGUCAUCGUCUUCCUUGUCCAUUCCGCAUCGGGACCUCGUCUGGGUUUCAUCAGCGGAAUUCAUCCUUGAGCAAGACGUCUCUCGCAAGCUCCUUCCGAAAUGAAUGGGGCCUUGGCCGAUCAUAGAGCCCGCUGGGGACGCACUCGAAGGACCCUCGUUCACGAUUCAGGUGCCUAGCCACUUGCCUGUCUACCCAGUCUUUCAUUGCUCCAAACUGGCUCUCUACACGCCAGCGGAUCAUGACGACUUUCCCGGGAGACGUACGCAAGACCCACCUUCUAUGGAUGGUUUUCAGGAGGUCGGCGACAUCAUCUCCCAGCGACGCUUUGGCAACAAGCCAACUGAGUAUUUAGUGCAUUUUGCAUAUUGCACACACCGAG